CCCUUCUUUUUCGUCUUCCCACCGCUUUCUCUAAGUUCCCAUUCCCGCUUCGAUCGCGAACGGCGAAUGGCCGUCACGACCGACUCCGCUUGGGACGACGCCGAGUGGGAGAUCUGCAACGACAAUGGCUUCGUCUACAAGCGCCGUCGCCGCCGGCGAACGUCGGGGGAAGAGGAGGAGGGGCGGCCGACGCCGUCAGACGACACCGAGGCCGAGCUGAGGCGCCACGGCAGGGAGCGGCGGCGGCGGUGCCUCCUCAGCCUCCGGGAAAAGUACCGGAGAGAGAUGGAACAGUGGGAGGCCUUGUCCUUCACCUUGCUGGACUUGACCUCGCACAUCCCCAUCGCCGCCACCGCUCCUCCUCCUGCUCCUCCUCCACCUCCUCCGACGGAGAUGCCGGGCGGCGCUUUCGCACCGUCGAUUGAUGAUCUCCUCUCUCAGGUGGAGUCUCAGGAAGCGAUUCUGCGGAAGCUAUCAGAAAUUUGCGACUUUGUGGAGUCGAUGUGCAAGGGGCAGGAGGAGAGAUUGGCCGAGUCUCUAAUCAGCCUGCCAAUUUGGGGAAGCCCUCGGUCUCUCAUUGCUUCUCUAUCAGAUUAGUUUAGUUGUAAAAGUUUUAACUCCAAGGGGCAUGUCAUGUUCCAUGGCCAUUAUAUGUCUGUUGUUUUUACUCAACCAGCCUGUGUAUCUAUAUGUAUGACAUACUUGCUUUGUCUUGCAAGGAAAUGAAAGCUAUGGUGUUUAUUGUUCUUUAAUUCUGACCCAACUUGUUUUUUUAUGAAAAUAAAGUAUGUUUUCAA